AUGGCGGAGAGCGGCGCUGACGGUGCGGCCUCCGGUAACCCCGGACAGGCGCCGGGUAAAGGCCUUAUCCGGGUCACAGUGAAGACGCCCAAGGACAAGGAAGAGAUCGUGAUCGGAGAGACGGCGUGUGUGCGGGAGUUCAAGGAGGAGAUUUCCAGGCGGUUUAAAGCCAAGAAGGAUCAGCUGGUUCUGAUAUUCGCUGGGAAGAUCUUGAAAGAUGGAGACACUCUGAACCAGCAUGGCAUCAAAGAUGGCCUCACUGUACAUCUAGUCAUCAAGACGGCACAGAAGUUACAGGAUCCAUCCGCCGCCUCUCCUUCUGCUGCUGCCACCGUUGCUGCCUCUACUGCAUCCACCACACCUGAAGAAAACGCCACCUCGCCCUUACCGUCUGACCCCACCGCCACCCCUGCUCCUGACAGCGCUGGUGGUGCCAGCAGAGCGAGUGGCACAAGCCCCCCUGAUAGGCCUUCAUCUCCGGGCAUCCUCACCGGCUUCGGAGGGCUGACCGGUUUGGGUAACUUGGGCAUGGGCUCCCCCAACUUCAUGGAGCUUCAGCAACAGAUGCAACGCCAGCUCAUGUCCAACCCGGAGAUGUUGUCUCAGAUCAUGGAGAACCCGCUGGUGCAGAACAUGAUGUCCAACCCGGACCUCAUGAGGCAGAUGAUCAUAGCGAAUCCUCAAAUGCAGCAGCUGAUGGAGAGGAACCCAGAGAUCAGUCACAUGCUGAACAACCCCGAGCUCAUGAGACAGACCAUGGAACUGGCCCGCAACCCCGCCAUGAUGCAGGAGAUGAUGAGGAAUCAGGACCGUGCCCUGAGUAACCUUGAGAGCAUCCCCGGAGGAUAUAACGCUUUACGGCGCAUGUACACAGAUAUCCAGGAGCCGAUGUUCAGCGCAGCCAGAGAACAGUUUGGAAACAACCCAUUUUCCGCGACUGGCGGCUCGGAGGGUUCAGCCUCUCAGCCUUUACGCACAGAGAACCGCGAGCCUCUUCCAAACCCCUGGAAUCCUUCUUCCCCUCAGAGUCAGCCCCCCACCACCGAGGGCAACAUCAGCUCCACGACCAGCCAGACAGCCCCUACCGUGUCCAACCCAUUCGGCAUCAACGCUGCCAGCCUGGGGACGGGUAUGUUUAACAGCCCCGAAAUGCAGGGUUUGUUCCAGCAGAUUUCCGAGAACCCCCAGCUAAUACAGAGCAUGAUGUCCGCCCCCUACAUGCGCACCAUGAUGCAGACGCUCUCCCAGAAUCCAGACUUCGCUGCUCAGAUGAUGGGAAACAUUCCAAUCUUCGCUGGUAACCCCCAGCUCCAGGAACAGCUCAGGCAUCAGCUGCCGGUCUUCCUACAGCAGAUGCAGAAUCCUGAAUCUCUCUCUAUAAUGACCAACCCCCGAGCCAUGCAAGCCCUCCUCCAAAUUCAGCAGGGGCUUCAGACGCUCCAGACGGAGGCCCCCGGCCUGAUCUCAGGUCUUGGUUCCUCUGGUGUCCCCUGGAUGCCCCCUACAUCCAGUGGAAGCACAGCUCCUGACAAUCCCUCCACGCCGACCAGUGCCUCUCCAUCUCCAGCAGGGGGCACCAGCAACCCUCAGCAACAAAUGAUGCAGCAGAUGAUCCAACUUCUAGCAGGAGGAAGCGCCCCGGGACAGACCCCAGAGGUGCGCUUCCAGUCCCAACUGGACCAGUUAAACGCCAUGGGCUUCAUCAACCGCGAAGCUAACCUACAAGCCCUCAUCGCAACGGGUGGAGACAUCAACGCGGCCAUCGAAAGACUGUUGGGCUCUCAGCCCUCUUAAGAGCGAGCCGUCUGCCAAAGCGGAAACCCACAGCAAUGCGCAAACCCCGACAAGAACCAUCCUGGCCCUUAGUACUUAGUCCUGACCGCUGAGCAUCAUGGGAAGUGGCCGCACCCUACAUGCUAUUGACACUGGACAGUCCCUAGGAGGCGCUCUGCGGUGCUGUACAUGUCUCAUCUCUCUCACCUCCCCCCUCCUUCAUGGGGAGGGGGGGCGAGCCGUAUAUUUUUUCCCAAAUGUCAGCUCUUUGGCGCUGUUCGCACAGGCCUGCUCCUAGCUGAUUGCUCCUAAUUAUUUAACUCACUAAUCUUCAUGACUUUGCUCAGCGGAUAUCGUGAAGUGACGACCGACGACCUAGGAUGUUUUAUUAUUUUUUUUCUCCCCCUUCCCCCAUUUCCCUAUAUUUUAAAGAUAACCCCCAUCCUCCUAACGAUGUGGAGUCUUAUUUUCAUUAGAUUUGAUUUUAACAAUAAACCAAAUGUUUUAUUUUUCCUGACU